UUUCACAUUUGUUCUGAGUCGACACCAAGCUUUAAUAACGACGCGUGCUACAGUCGAUAAACAGUGUAUGGAGCCAAGGAUACACGCAAUAACUGGAAACGACACAUGUAAUGUGAUAAAAGAUCAAGGAAUUUGUAUUCCAUGUCUUGAAAUUUACAGCUCAUCAAAAUGGAUCACCCAGAGAAAGCGUGUGGUUGUAAAGGUAUACGGACGUGCUUGUUGUGUGAGGAAAUCGCAGAUGACCAAACUUCAGUUUCAAAAUCUGACCAACAGCCCGAAAAGACCACAUCACAAGUCUACUGUUACUGCCACCACUGCAAUGUAGCUCACGUGGAUCCGGGGUGCAGGUCACAUCCCCAUACAGCUGCUGAUGGUGAGAAGCUCGACUUCUCCGGUAUCCUCAUCCUUGAGGAUUUUGUCAGCGAGUCAGAGGAGAAACAGCUCUGUGACAUCAUCUACAGAACGCCGUUCAUGAAGUCGCAGUCUGGGAGAAGGAAGCAGGACUAUGGGCCUAAGGUAAACUUCAAGAAACAAAAAGUGAAAACAGAUGUAUUCACAGGAUUGCCUGAUUUCAGCCAGUUUCUAUACGAGAGGAUGAAGGCUGUUCCCCAUCUUGAGGAUUUCAUACCUGUGGAACUGUGCAAUUUAGAGUAUGUGCCGGAGAGGGGAUCAGCCAUUGAUCCCCAUUUCGAUGAUUUCUGGCUGUGGGGGGAGAGACUUGUGACCUUGAACUUGGUGUCUGAUACCACGCUGUGUUUCACAAAGGAUGACCUGCCCGGUGUGGAGGUUCACGUGCCGCUGUUGCAGCGAUCUUUGAUAGUCGUGUCUGGACCUGCUCGGGUUGAGUGGAAACACGCCAUUCACAGACAGGAUAUUAAACAGAAGCGUAUUGCCAUGACUUUCAGGGAACUCUCGGAUGAGUUCAGAGGUCAGGGAAAAUUGGUAUCUGUUGGACAAAAGUUAGUCGAUGUGGCCUUGAAUUUUACAGGUUCUGCUGUUGGAUCAGCUCCUGCUUGAUUGGCUGGUUCCUUUAGGUUUUAUUGUUGCCAUGGUUACCGCAAGUCUUUCUGUGCCUGAAGAUAGAUUUUAUACAAUGUUGUGUACAGUCUUCAAAUGUAUUUAAUUUAAAUUAAAUAUUAACAAUAUCA